AUUUUCUUGAGACUAGAGAAUAUUAAAUGUAAAGGUCUUGCAUAUAAAAUUUGGUUCUGUGCACCAACCUAAAUAUAACAAGUAUAAAAAUAAAUUAUAUUUUAAUAAGUAGUAUAUUUUAAGUUUAAUGCAUAUUAAAUAAAAUGAACCAAAUCCACAAAUUAAUUUCCAAUAUUAAAUACACUAUCCCUGUAUAGGCUGUAUCUCUGUUCAUCUUUGAAAGUUUUAAAAAAUCAUGUGGACUGGAAUUAAAGUGCUCAAACUCACCCCUUCCUUAUUACCCACUUUCUGCAAAUCCAUUACUCCAUCACCCUCAAUUAUACACCCAAAAAUCUCAACUACAUUCCCAAAUCAUCCAUCAUUUUCACUAAAACCCAGAAUCACAACCCAAAUCCCAGCAACCCAACAAACUAAUAAUCAAACCAUGCCUUCCUACACAAACCCAGAAACAACUAAUUUGCACUACUCAGAAUCAGACAUUGCCCAGAAAUUUCUGUUCUUCAAUGUUCUUAAAGAUGGUAGAAUCCAUAUCUUACAACCUCCAGUAAAGAAAAUCCCUCCUUCUUCAUACCCAUCUUCAGAUGCUUUAAUCAAAGAUGUUGAAAUCACUCCUGACGUCUCUGCUCGAAUCUUCCUCCCUAAAACGUGCAUUUCAUCUACCGGUAGAAAACUACCUGUUUUGCUCUACAUUCAUGGCGGCGGGUAUUGUAUGAAUUCCGCUUUCUCGGAAGAUUACACUCGUUUUAUGGCCGAUAUUUCUUCGGAAGCUAACGUCAUUGCUGUCUCCGUCGAGUACGGUCUUUUCCCUGAACGACCGAUCCCAGCUUGUUAUGACGAUUCAUGGGCUGCACUCCAGUGGAUUGCGGCUCACAGUAAUGGGUCUGGACCUGACCCUUGGAUCCAUGGAUAUGCUGAUUUAGGUAAAAUCUUUGUUGGUGGAGAUUCUGCUGGUGGGAAUAUCUCACAUUAUUUGUUAGCUAAAGUAGGGUCUAUGGGACUUACUGGGGAUUCAAAAGUUGAAGGGAUGAUAUUGAUUCAUCCUUAUUUUGGGGAAGAUGAUAAAAUGUGGAUGUAUAUGUGCCCUAAAAAUGAAGGGCCACAGGAUUAUAGGAUGAAGCCUGCUGUAGAGGAUUUAGCUAGGAUUGGGUGUGGUAGGGUGUUGGUGUUGCUUGCUGAUCAUGAUGGGUUGUAUGGUGUAGGGAGGAUGUAUGCUGAUGAAUUGAUUAAGAGUGGAUGGAAAGGUAAGGUGGAGAUUAUGGUUAAUGAAGGAAAAGAUCAUUGUUUUCUUAUUGCUGAUCAUUUGGAUCCUGAGGCUGUUGCGGUUCGAAAACGGAUCGCUUCGUUUAUUCAAAAUUAGUUGCAUCCGAGUACGAGAUACUAUCUUCACAUACGGAAGAUAAGUUUGGACGUCUGCAAGAUGUUGGAUCCGAUUACAGGAUAGUAUCUCGACAUACUGAAGAUGAUUUUGGACGUGUGCAACAUGUUGAAUCUAAGUAUAAGAAUCAAGAUACUAUCUCGACAUACGGAAAAUGAUUUUGGACGUGUCUAAGAUGUUGGAUCUGAGUACAAGAUACUAUCUCGAUAUAUGAAAGAUGAUUUGGGACGUAUGUAAGAUGUUCGAUUGCGUGUAGUCAAUUUAAUUAAAAUGUGUAAGCUUUAUUUUAAUAAGUACUUAUUUUUAGAUUGGAGUGUCCUCUUUGCCAAUUUUAAUAUGGUUUCAAUUAGCAAAUUUGCAAAGAUAUGAAAAAUUGUAUUAUUUGGAGUUUUAGCCGCGUCUUAUGUAAGUGUUGUAUUUGAGAACAAAAAUCCAUUGAAAGUUUUAAAAUUGAAUUGUGUAAUAAGCUUGGAUAAAGACAUGUGUUUGCUCACCUAA